UCUCAUCGAGACUCUCGGGGAGCUGUCUUAAUUUAUCGAUAACGAUAACGUAUAUCACGUGGAAGAACCGGAAUCGACAUGUCGGUCAUGGUAUUAUCGCGAGCGAAACAAGAUACAGUCGAUUCGCGAUGCGAAGUUAAUUCACUAUCGACGGUUAAUGUAUGCGAGAGCGAGAGCUUGAUGAUUAAUGAAGUAAUUUGUAUAACCGUCUUCCGCGAGUAAUUUAGCGCGUCAAAAAAAAAAAAAAAAAAUAAUUUGUCGCAAAUGGAGCGGAAACGGCAGGAUCGCCGGUCCGCCGCCGAGGAGUCCGCCUGUCCGAAAUACGUGAUCUGCGACUGUCCCCCAUUAUAUUUGAACGAUGCGGAAAAGUGUCGUCAAAUAAAUACGGAUUAUACUAUAGAGAAGUUGCGACAACUCGUAUCGGAUCCCGUCACCAGCGAUCAUGUCGCACGAAUAUUGCGACUCUUGUUUGAUUAUCUGCGUGAAAUCGGCGACGACGGUUACCCAGUCAAACACCUGCCGGCUAUAAUGAAGGUGUUAGAAUUUCUAGCCUGGAAGACCAAAGAAGUUAACGACUAUCGAGUGCAUCUGGACAGGAUGUUGCAGUUGUGCAGUCAACCGCCUUUGCUGGAACAAACUUCCGAGAGUCUCGCUAUCUCCGUCGUGAUGGAGCAUUAUUUUACGUUGCUGGGUUAUCUCUUGACGAUUUUGCCCGACGAAGAAGAUAUUCUUCGGAUCCACGAGGCUCUCGAUUGUCUAUUAAUCAAACGAACGAAACCGAUAAACGUCGCGGCAGUGAAACUGGAUUUUCGUCGUCAAUCCAUGGAGAAUUCUAAAUUGCCGAUUAUCGUCACCGAAUUGCUGGAGGCUGCUAUGCCGAGGAUAUACCCGCAGAUCUUGGAAAUAGCUCAUACACUCGCCUCGAUCUCUAAUCAAUGUUGUUACAGAAUGCUGCGGGCCGGCAUACUGAACACGCUGCUCACCAGGAUGGACCUUCCUUACGCGACGCAGUCGCGCUGCGUCAGACCGCCGGACGUGCCCCUCGAGGGAGAGGAGUAUCCGUGGGAUAUCAUGCUCUUGAUAAUGAAUCUCUUGUGGAGCCUCAUGAGAUCGGCCUUAUCCUCAAAAACUCCAUCGGAACACUUAAAAGAUCUUCCAUUGCCCAAGCAAUGCGCCAUGUGUACAGGGGCUUAAGAUAUUCCUUCAAGCGGCAGAUACUCCAUGGUCAAUACUGCGCUGUCAAUUUGAGGAUCAGAAACGACA